UUGCAGCUCUUUCAUGCUUUUUUUCUCUGGACGGUGGCAGCGAAACAUGCAGCAAAUAUUGUUGGGAUUAGUUACGUGGAGGCAGCAAUUGGUCUAUUAUACAAAAAAUCCCACAUAUUACGAAAUACUUGGUGUUUCAAAGGACGCCACACAGACAGAAAUUAAGAGAGCUUAUUAUGAAAGGUCGAAAGAAUUACAUCCAGACAGGAAGAAUUGCUCAAAUGAUCAAGAGGUGAAACGACGCAAUGAUGCAUUCGUCGAACUGACUACAGCAUACAAAGUUUUAAAAGUUCCAGAACGACGACAAUCAUAUAAUAUUUCACUGGAUGACAAUAAAUCUGGUUGCACGGAACAGUCAAGUUUCGAUGGGCUUUUUGCCCACUGUCAAUGCAGAAACAGGAAAAAACCAACGAACGUAAUAGAAAUGUACUAUGGACUUUGGCAGAACUUCGGUGUCUUUGGCGACUGUUUAAGAUUUUUAGCGCAGUCCCUGGUUCUCGCAGUAGUCGCUGUUGGAAUAUUGCUUCAGUUUUCGAAUUAAUUAUCAUUGCACAUAUUUCUUGUACAAAGAGUUCCAUUCCUG